CCAUCACUUACUUUCUUCUCUUCAAAGAGAGAUUGAAUUCCUUUUGCCUUGUGAAAAACUUAUGUACUUCAGUAUGCUGAAACUAUUCAUAGUUGUUGCCGUUUUUGUAGCGGCUGCCCAAGCAUCCACCUUGUGUUCUCGUAGACAAGAAGGGAAAUGCCUGUCGAAAUUUAGACACUUGUCAGAAGCCAAGGAUAGUAAAGAGAAGAUAUGUAGGGUCUACCAUGAUAUUGAAAAGUGCCUUAUCCUGUCUCACUGCAAAUUACAAAGAUAUGCUGGUCUAUUUAUGGCUGCACACGAUGCCUGUAAGGGUAAAUGUGAACUCACUAAGGUGGUAGCAUGCAAACUUGAAGUAUACAGUGAUAUGAUAAAGAAUAAUGGUUCUUACUGCUCGUACCAUCCCAAAUAUCUGAAUUGUUUUGAGAAUACUGAUUGCAAAGACUUGAAGGAGGCUGAUGAUACAAUGAUGAAGAAUUACUGUGCUCUCGGAUGAUACCACACCAUACUGGCUUGGCCAACAUUCUCCACCUUGAGACGGACUCAAAAAACUCAACACAACGCCGUUUUGGGAAUCGAAAUUACGAGCUCAUGAUCGUGUGUGCCACACCUUAAACACUAGGCUACACACACACAUACAUGGUGCAAGUUAGAAAACGAAGAACGAAUAUAGCACAUCUUUAUUAUUAAUAACAAUGGGGUCGAAACCUAUGGUAAUUUCAUUAACCCAUGAAUAAAGAACAUUUAUCCACCAA